AUGCCUCAGCAACCAAUGUUGUUCUUGGGUAGAAGCAAUACCAUCAUUUCUUUUAUUAGAAACUACAUUGUAUGCCGUUAUGGGUCGCCACGAGCAAUCGUGAGCGACCAAGGAUCCCACUUUUGUAACAGGAAGGUAGAGGCACUGCUCAAGCACUAUGGGGUAGUGCAUAAGGUUGCCACUGCUUAUCAUCUACAAACCAACGAACAAGCGGAAGUGUCCAACCGGGAGAUUAAGAGAAUCUUGGAGAAAGUGGUCAAUCCACAAAGGAAGGAUUGGAGCGUCUGGUUAGGAGAUGCACUAUGGGCGUAUAGAACGGCCUACAAGACUCCAUUAGGGAUGAGUCCCUUUCGGAUCGUCUAUGGUAAGGCAUGCCACCUUCUGGUGGAGAUUGAGCACAAAGCCUAUUGGGCAGUAAAGCGGUGCAACAUGGAUUUGACCCAAGCCGGAGUAGCCAGAAAAUUGCAGCUAAAGGAGCUCGAGUGUUUGAGGAACGAUGCGUAUGAGAAUGCCCGGAUUUACAAGGAAAAGACUAAAGCAUUCCAUGACCAUCACAUCUGGAAGAAUGACUUCCAAGAAGGUGAUGAGGUUCUCCACUACAAUUUAAGGCUUCGUUUCAUGCCAGGCAAGUUCCGCUCUAGAUGGGAAGGACCUUUCUUGGUGAAGUAA